UUCUAGAUGGCGGUCUUCAGACCAUGUUCCAUUCUGCACAGUGUUUUGGGGUCAAAUUUUCCCUCUUUCCUGUAACGAAGUUUCACUUUUUUCAUUUUAAAUAAUGGAUGACUAUGGAGAAGAUGUUGGAUGGGAUGAUGCAGCUCUGAGUCCGUCAGAUGAAAAAAGGGACAAUGAAGUUGUUAUACAGGAGUGUAUGCAAAACUUUGCUACAAAAGACUUUAUCAUGGAACCGGAAAUUUUCAACAAUCUCAGGAGAUAUUACCAGGCAGGAGGAAUCCAUGAAGAAAUGGCAAAGAUGUUGUCUGAAAAUUAUACUGGAAUUGCUCAGAGUACAAAUUUAAUAGCAAACUGGUUGAUUGUAACAGGAGCUAAAGUGACAGAUGUGGAACAAAUGGUUGAAAAUCACCUGGAAACCCUGAUUAUCAAACACUUUGACCCAAAAAAAGCAGACUCUAUCUUUUCUGCUGAGGGGGAGACACCAUCCUGGCUAGAAGACAUGAUUGUCCACCAGACAUGGCGUUCAAUGUUUUAUAAACUUGCAGAGCAUUAUCCUGAUUGCUUGAUGCUCAAUUUUACUAUCAAGCUGAUUUCUGAUGCAGGAUAUCAGGGUGAGAUUAGAAGUGUCUCUACAGCCUGCCAUCAAAUUGAGGUGUUUUCCCGAGUGCUCAAGACUUCAGCUUGUUCUUUUCUUGAGGAAGGAGAUAUGACUAUGGAAAGCAACCUGCCAGAAUUUUCUAGGAUGGUAUGUUAUGGACAGCACACCUACCUGUAUGCACAAUGCUUGCUAAAUCACAUUGCACAAAACACAGAAGGAGGAACAAAACUUCAAAGACUCGGUCAAGAGCUUCAAAAACGGGCAGUUCAAAGUGGACAUGAAGUGACAGAGAUCACUCUGUCAUUGAAUGGUGCUGCAGCUUUUCCCAGAGCAAAUUCAGCCCUCUCAUCCAUGUUAGGAAAAAAUUCCCUUAAUCCUGGAGAUGUCACAGUGUUGUACAAGUUAUAUAAUAGUGCUCAAGCUCCUCCUUGUGCACUGAUCAGGAUUCCACAGUUUUUAGAACUUCUUUUGGAAGCGUUGUUCAAACCUGGACAACACUUGAAUCCAGAACACAAGUUUAAAUAUGUUUACCUGUUGGCUUAUGCUGCAGCUGUACAUGAAACCUGGGUUGAGAAUGAACGUACAAUGCUUAAUAGGGAUGAACUGAAAACAACUUCCCAAGCCCUGGAUAAAAUUCACUUACUGUGCGUACAGGAGACUAAGAAAGGCUCACAGCUGCUCGCAGAAGUGAGUGUCUUGUUCCAGUGUAUAAGGUUUCCUGUAGUUGCUAUGGGCUUGUUAAAGUGGGUUGAUUGUACGGUAUGUGAUCCAUCAUUCUUCAAGCUGCUUACAGACUCGACACCAGUCCACUUGGCUUUAUUGGAUGAGAUCAGCUCAUGUCAUGCUCUUCAGCAUCGCUUGGUCCUCAAUGUAUUGGUCCGUUUAUUCGAGUCUCCGACGCCUCUGGACACUUUAGUAGAGCUUGAGUUCAAGAAAACAGUCCUGGAUCGAAUGAUUCAUCUGUUAAGCCGAGGAUAUGUAAUACCCGUGAUAAGCUACAUUAACAGCUGUUUGGAAAAGCAGAACACAGAUAACUCUCUUAUAAGACAUUUCGUGACGGAGGUUCUAGAAAUGAUUGCUCCUCCAUACUCGCCCGAGUUCGUCCAGCUUUUCCUUCCCAUCGUCCGUAAUGAGGAGAUCACUGGGAGACUGCGCAGUGCUGAUCACUCUGAUGACGUAUCGUUGUUUUUAGGCCACUGUGCUCAGCAGGCUUAGUCUCCAGUACAUUGGUGUCGAUAUAGUGGUGCGGAUAAAAGACGUAAGAGCAGCUCUGCCGGCUUCACCCGGCGGAUUACACUACAAUGCGCAAAAGUCUACACUUGAACAAGCUCACCAGACACAGUGAGAGGAAGCUAUGCUGUCUUUUGCGUAUCAAAAAAAAAAAAAAACAAGUAGAAGACAUUAACUUUGUAAAUAUUUUAGAAAAAAAAUUUGGUGCAAAGCAACGGGGUAUGUCUCGCUGUCCCUGGUUGAGGGGUUUUCAGAUGAAAUUAUAAAGUAGCAGGUGACAGGUGAAGAUGGAAGCGAAAAAUAAAACUGUACCUAAACAGCAGUUCAUCCAUGUAGUCUGAAUUGUUUUAGCAUGGAAGCCAGCUAAAUCGAAAAAAUACAACCUCAUUGAAGUUCAGCCGAACGUUCGAUGAAUAGCAUUUUGAGGAAGCAAAGUUGGCGUAAAGUGUGACACAGAGAUCUUUUGUCAUGCAAGCGGUUAGAAAAAUCGCAUUGAAUUAUCAAGUAAUAUGUUUUGAGGGAGAGGAGAUUAGAGACGAUUCCCGUGAACACCCGCGAGUCUCAAUGUAAUAGAAUCCAACUCCCUCUCAACGUAUGCAUAAAUAGUGACUAGGUUCGAGUAGAACUUUUCCAUGGCUACAUCAGUUAUUUAAACGAAUUAGAUUUCCAUAUGCAAGUAUUACACUCUUUAUUUCGUAAAUAUUCUGUCAUUCCUAGUCACGUAUUAGGUGAACGCGUUUCUUUUUCUGACAACAAAUCUGUAAAUAAUUCAAAGAGAGAAGGUAUUGUAAGUUUAUCUAUCAGUUCCUAAGUUAACAGUUUCUAACCCAAUUUUACCGUUUAAGAUUUUUGAAGUAAGAAAUUGUAUGAUAUUUUUGCGAGUGCUUUGACUGUUCGGUUCUAGCCUGAGAGUCUGAGAGGUAAAGACAGCGACUAACAACAAAGAACACAGCAUGUUCACUUCAAACAAACCAAACAAAGUCAGAAACGAUUUGGUUUGGGAAUAGAUUUUUUGGGAAUAAAAUUUUUUUGAGUGAA